GGGGAAACAGUGACGUCGCCCGACUCCGCCCCCUCGCCCGACUGCCGCUGCCGCCAUGUUUAGUUGUUACUUCUUCACACAAGAUGGCGGCUCCCAGGGAGGAGGCAUGAGCGCCCUGCCGUUACCGCUCCUUCUGCCGUACAGUUGCCACUCCGGCGCCUAACUCUGGCUUUUUGGAGCGGCUCCUGUGGGAAGGAGUCAUAAAGAGGGAAGAGAGGAUCGGACGCUGCCUUGCGUUUGGUUUGCAGUGGAAGAACUGACCCAGGAGGAAGAGAAUAGGGGGGGAAGGGGGAGUUAGUCUCAAGAUGGCGGCUCCCAGGGCGGCAGGCGCAGCCUGAGCAACAGAGGCGGACUCAGGGGAGAGGUUCGAGACCUCACGAGCUGUACGGCGCGAGUCUCCGACCAGCCCCUGAGAAUUCGAGUUCGUUCCACUGGCCUCCGGCGCGCCUCUGUCCUUUACGAGUGUCGUGGCUGUUUCGGGAGCGGCGGCUGCACUAAGCGUUGGGCGGGGAAGCGGGACGGUCUCAAGAUGGCGGCUCCCACAAUUGUGGUGUGAGCGCCGGCGGGGCUGGGACAACCGCGGCGCUUGUGGCUCCUUUCCACCCGCCCCGGAAGCAGGCCAGUGCAGGGGACUUGGGGGGUGUGGGAACCGGGCCGGGGCUCCGCCAUUUCCGGCGGGGGAGGGCUACGACUGAGGAAGGGAGGAGAGAGAGGCGGCUCAAGAUGGCGGCUCCCAGGGCCUCCCGCCCGAGCUUGUAAGCGGGAGCGCCCGGGCGAGUAGUCAGGGCGGCGGGACUCGGCGGCGUCCAGCUUCUCGAGGCUAGGCGCUCGAAAGUUUCGGGAGGCCCUUGAAGAGACGGGGUGAGGUAGAAGAAGGGGAAGAGCCGAAGAGAGGGAGGGUGGUUAAGAUGGCGGCCUCCAUGGAAUCGUCCACCGCUGUGUGAGGAACCGCUUCUCCGUGAGAGCUACCUUAGACGAAAAGGGGUGUGUGUGUGUGUGUGUGUGACAGGAACUGGGAGGCUCCUUUCCCGCUUGGUGACUUUUCCCCACCGCGGCUUUUCCUGUAACUAUGGCUUCAGCCGUGUCGCCCGCCAACUCUCCAGCGGUGCUCUUGCAGCCGCGCUGGAAGCGGGUGGUGGGCUGGUCGGGUCCGGUGCCCCGGCCCCGCCACGGCCACCGAGCCGUGGCCAUCAAGGAACUCAUCGUGGUGUUUGGCGGCGGCAACGAGGGGAUAGUGGACGAACUGCACGUGUACAACACGGCGACUAACCAGUGGUUCAUCCCGGCCGUGAGAGGGGACAUCCCCCCUGGGUGUGCGGCUUACGGCUUCGUGUGCGACGGGACCCGCCUGCUGGUGUUUGGCGGGAUGGUGGAGUACGGGAAGUACAGCAACGACCUCUACGAGCUCCAGGCAAGCCGGUGGGAAUGGAAGAGACUCAAAGCAAAGACCCCCAAAAAUGGACCCCCUCCUUGUCCUCGGCUUGGGCACAGCUUCUCCCUUGUGGGCAACAAAUGCUACCUGUUUGGGGGUCUGGCCAACGAUAGCGAGGACCCUAAGAACAACAUUCCAAGGUACCUGAAUGACUUAUACAUCCUGGAAUUGCGGCCGGGCUCCGGAGUGGUGGCCUGGGACAUCCCCAUCACUUACGGCGUCCUGCCUCCACCCCGGGAGUCCCACACUGCUGUGGUCUAUACUGAGAAAGACAACAAGAAGUCCAAGCUGGUGAUCUAUGGAGGGAUGAGUGGCUGCAGGCUGGGGGAUCUCUGGACCCUGGAUAUCGAGACUCUGACGUGGAACAAGCCCAGUCUCAGCGGGGUGGCACCUCUUCCUCGGAGUCUUCAUUCAGCCACAACCAUAGGAAACAAAAUGUACGUGUUUGGUGGCUGGGUGCCUCUCGUCAUGGAUGACGUCAAAGUGGCCACACACGAGAAGGAGUGGAAGUGUACCAACACACUGGCUUGUCUCAACCUGGAUACCAUGGCCUGGGAGACCAUCCUGAUGGACACACUGGAGGACAAUAUUCCCCGGGCCCGAGCCGGCCACUGUGCCGUAGCCAUCAAUACCCGCCUGUACAUUUGGAGUGGGCGUGACGGCUAUCGAAAGGCCUGGAACAACCAGGUCUGCUGCAAGGACCUGUGGUACCUGGAGACAGAAAAGCCACCACCCCCAGCCCGGGUACAGCUGGUACGAGCCAACACCAAUUCCCUGGAGGUGAGCUGGGGGGCCGUGGCCACAGCCGACAGUUACCUUCUGCAGCUCCAGAAAUACGACCUUCCCGCCACAGCCGCUACUGCCGCUUCCCCCACGCCCAAUCCGGUCCCGUCUGUACCCGCCAACCCUCCCAAGAGCCCCGCCCCGGCAGCAGCCGCACCUGCUGUGCAGCCGCUUACCCAGGUAGGCAUCACGCUCCUGCCCCAGGCUGCUGCCGCGCCCCCGACCACCACUGCCAUCCAGGUCUUGCCGACGGUACCUGGCAGCUCAAUCUCCGUGCCCACGGCGGCCAGGACUCAAGGCGUCCCCGCUGUUCUCAAAGUCACCGGUCCUCAGGCUACAACAGGAACCCCCCUGGUCACCAUGCGACCUGCCAGCCAGGCUGGGAAAGCCCCCGUCACUGUGACCUCCCUUCCUGCAGGCGUGCGAAUGGUUGUGCCGACGCAGAGUGCCCAGGGCACGGUGAUUGGCAGCAGCCCGCAGAUGAGCGGCAUGGCUGCCCUGGCAGCUGCGGCUGCCGCUACCCAGAAGAUCCCGCCCUCGUCAGCGCCUACUGUGCUGAGUGUCCCAGCGGGCACCACCAUCGUCAAAACCGUGGCCGUGACACCCGGCACCACCACCCUCCCGGCUACUGUAAAGGUGGCCUCCUCACCUGUCAUGGUGAGCAACCCGGCCACUCGAAUGCUGAAGACUGCAGCCGCCCAGGUGGGGACGUCUGUCUCCUCUGCUGCCAACACAUCCACGCGCCCCAUCAUCACAGUGCACAAGUCGGGGACUGUGACGGUGGCCCAGCAAGCCCAGGUGGUGACCACAGUGGUGGGUGGAGUCACCAAGACCAUCACCCUGGUGAAGAGCCCCAUCUCUGUCCCAGGAGGCAGUGCUCUGAUCUCCAACCUGGGUAAAGUAAUGUCAGUGGUUCAGACCAAACCAGUUCAGACUUCGGCGGUCACAGGCCAGGCAUCUACGGGCCCGGUGACUCAGAUCAUCCAGACCAAAGGACCCCUGCCGGCGGGGACCAUCCUGAAGCUGGUCACCUCGGCGGACGGCAAGCCCACCACCAUCAUCACGACCACGCAGGCCAGUGGGGCUGGGACUAAGCCCACCAUCCUGGGCAUCAGCAGCGUGUCGCCAAGCACCACCAAGCCAGGCACGACGACCAUCAUCAAGACCAUCCCCAUGUCGGCCAUCAUCACGCAGGCUGGCGCCACAGGUGUGACCAGCAGUCAGGGCAUCAAGUCCCCAAUCACCAUUAUCACUACCAAAGUGAUGACUUCGGGAACUGGAGCGCCUGCCAAGAUCAUCACAGCUGUCCCUAAAAUUGCCACUGGCCACGGGCAGCAAGGAGUGACCCAGGUGGUGCUAAAGGGGGCCCCCGGACAGCCGGGCACCAUCCUCCGCACCGUGCCCAUGGGGGGUGUCCGCCUGGUCACCCCCGUCACUGUCUCUGCCGUCAAGCCAGCCGUCACCACGUUGGUUGUGAAGGGCACCACAGGCGUCACGACUCUCGGCACUGUGACAGGCACUGUCUCCACCAGCCUUGCGGGAGCUGGGGGCCACAGCACCAGUGCCUCCCUGGCCACUCCCAUCACCACCUUGGGCACCAUCGCCACUCUCUCGAGCCAAGUGAUCAACCCCACUGCCAUCACCGUGUCGGCUGCACAGACCACGCUGACGGCUGCUGGUGGGCUCACCACCCCCACCAUCACCAUGCAGCCCGUCUCCCAGCCCACCCAGGUGACUCUCAUCACGGCGCCCAGUGGAGUUGAGGCCCAGCCUGUGCAUGACCUCCCUGUGUCCAUUCUGGCCUCGCCUACCACAGAACAGCCCACGGCCACAGUCACCAUCGCCGAUUCAGGCCAGGGUGACGUGCAGCCGGGCACUGUGACGCUGGUCUGCUCCAACCCGCCCUGUGAGACCCACGAGACGGGUACCACCAACACGGCCACCACCACCGUUGUGGCUAACCUCGGGGGGCAGCCGCAGCCCACCCAAGUGCAGUUUGUUUGUGACAGACAGGAGGCGGCCGCCUCUCUCGUGGCUUCGACAGUGGGGCAGCAGAAUGGCAGUGUGGUUCGCGUCUGCUCCAACCCGCCGUGUGAGACCCAUGAGACGGGCACCACCCACACGGCCACCACCGCCACAUCCAACAUGGCCGGGCAGCACGGCUGCUCCAACCCGCCGUGCGAGACCCACGAGACUGGCACCACCAGCACCGCCACCACCGCCGUGUCGAGCAUCGGCGCCGGCCAGCAGCGAGACAUCCGGCGUGCCUGCAUGGCCGGCACUGCUCCUGCUGUGGUCCGGGUCAGCCUAGCCGCCGGCGCGUCCGAGGGGGCCCAGGGCUCUGUCAAGGCCUCGUGUCAAACCCGCCAGAUUGGCGUGACCGGCACCACCAUGACCGUGCUGGCCACCGGGGCCCCGUGCUCGGCCAGCCCGCUCCUUGGGCCAGGCCUGGCCGUGGAGGCCGGUGGCCGCGGUGCCACCUUUGUGCAGCUGGCUCACGUGAGUGGCCAGGGCAGACCCAGCGUCCCCAGUGGCCAGGACAGCCCCAUGGCCAGCUUGAGUCAGCUGGUAUCCGUGGGGCGCCAGCUAGAGGUUCAUCACACCCACACGACCAACACCCCAACCACGGUCCGCUCCGCCAUGGGUUCAGGGGAGCCUGGCGACGCACGGGGGACCCCCACACUUGCGUAUGAGAGUUCAGCUAGCGGCGCCGUGACUGUGACAGCCCUGGAGGCGCUGCUGUGCCCCUCGGCCACCGUGAGCCAACUCUGCUCCGACCCGCCAUGCGAGACCCAUGACACGGGCACCACCCACACCGCCACUACCUCGAAUGCCGGCAGCGCCCAGCGGGUCUGCUCCAACCCGCCAUGCGAGACCCACGAGACGGGCACCACCCACACGCCCACUACAGCGACAUCCAACGGGGGUGUGGGCCAGCCUGAGGGCGGGCAGCAGCCCCCCACCGGCCGCCCCUGUGAGACACAUCAGACCACGUCCACUGGUACCACCAUGUCUGUCGGCGUGGGCGCCUUGCUCCCCGUGGAGUCCGGCUUGGAGAUGGCGGCACCGCCCUCCAUCGUCCCCCAGGCUGCUGCUUCGUUGCUGGCUCCUUUCCCAACGCAGAGGGUGUGUUCCAACCCUCCCUGCGAGACGCACGAGACAGGCACCACACACACAGCCACCACUGUCACCUCAAACAUGAGCUCAAACCAAGAUCCCCCACCAGCUGCCAGUGACCAGGGAGAGGUGGAGAGCACCCAGGGCGACAGCGUAAACAUCACCAGCUCCAGUGCCGUCACAACAACUGUGUCCUCCAUGCUGACGCGGGCUGUGACCACUGUGACACAGUCCACCCCGGUCCCUGGCCCCUCGGUACCGCCCCCAGAGGAACUCCAGGCCUCGCCAGGGCCCCGCCAGCAGCUUCCGCCGCGGCAGCUCCUGCAGCCCGCCUCCACGUCCCUGAUGGGGGAGUCCGCUGAGGUCCUGUCAGCCUCCCAGACCCCUGAACUCCAAGCCGCCGUGGAUCUGAGUGGUACAGGGGACCCAUCUUCAGGCCAGGAGCCCGCCAGCUCUGCCGUGGUGGCCACGGUGGUGGUCCAGCCGCCCCCACCCACGCAGUCUGAAGUAGAUCAGCUGUCGCUUCCUCAAGAGCUGAUGGCCGAGGCCCAGGCAGGCACCACCACCCUCAUGGUGACGGGGCUCACCCCUGAGGAGCUGGCGGUCACUGCUGCCGCUGAAGCUGCUGCCCAGGCCGCAGCCACCGAAGAAGCCCAGGCCCUGGCCAUCCAGGCAGUGCUCCAGGCUGCACAGCAGGCCGUCAUGGCAGGCACUGGGGAACCCAUGGACACAUCUGAGGCGGCCGCAGCCGUGACGCAGGCUGAGCUGGGCCACCUGGCAGCCGAGGGCCAGGAGGGCCAGGCCACCACCAUCCCCAUCGUGCUGACGCAGCAGGAGCUGGCUGCGCUGGUGCAGCAGCAGCAGCAGCUGCAGGAGGCGCAGGUCCAGCAGCACCACCUUCCCACCGAGGCCCUGGCGCCCGCUGACAGCCUCAACGACCCGGCCAUUGAGAGCAACUGCCUCAACGAGCUGGCCGCCGCCGUGCCCAGCACCGUGGCCCUGCUGCCCUCCACGGCCACCGAGAGCUUGGCUCCGUCCAACACAUUUGUGGCCCCCCAGCCGGUCGUGGUAGCCAGCCCCGCAAAACUGCAGGCGGCGGCUACCCUGACCGAAGUGGCCAAUGGCAUUGAGUCCCUGGGUGUGAAGCCAGACUUGCCACCCCCGCCCAGCAAGGCCCCGGUGAAGAAGGAGAACCAGUGGUUCGAUGUGGGUGUCGUUAAGGGCACCAACGUAAUGGUGACACACUAUUUCCUGCCACCAGACGAUGCUGUCCCCUCCGACGACGACUCGGGCGCCGUCCCCGACUACAGCCAGCUGAAGAAACAGGAGCUGCAGCCGGGCACAGCCUACAAGUUCCGCGUCGCCGGGGUCAACGCCUGCGGCCGGGGGCCCUUCAGUGAGAUCUCGGCCUUCAAGACAUGUCUGCCUGGUUUCCCAGGGGCCCCUUGUGCCAUUAAAAUCAGCAAAAGUCCAGAUGGCGCUCACCUCACUUGGGAGCCGCCGUCCGUGACCUCUGGCAAGAUCAUUGAGUACUCGGUGUACCUGGCCAUCCAGAGCUCGCAGGCCGGCGGCGAGCCCAAGAGCGCCACCCCGGCGCAGCUGGCCUUCAUGCGGGUGUACUGCGGGCCCAGCCCCUCCUGCCUGGUGCAGUCCUCCAGCCUCUCCAAUGCCCACAUCGACUACACCACCAAGCCCGCCAUCAUCUUCCGCAUCGCCGCCCGCAACGAGAAGGGCUACGGCCCCGCCACCCAAGUGAGGUGGUUGCAAGAAACCAGUAAGGACAGCUCUGGUGCCAAGCCAGCCAGCAAGCGGCCCAUGUCCUCUCCGGAAAUGAAAUCCGCUCCAAAGAAGUCUAAGGCCGAUGGUCAGUGAGAGGCAGCUCCCUGCUCCUGGAUUCUUCGCCAGACCCCCUUUUGCUUCAGGAACGCCACCCGCCAGGGCCCACCCACCCCACCCACACAGUGCUCACACUUCAUCCUCAGGAGCCACUGGCCGCCACUCAUUCUCUCUCUGUUUUUACUAUAAUCUCGAGAAAGCACAUUUUCUCAUCGUUGCGGUGGAGGCAGAACCCAGAUCUGGAAGAGCAGCGAGCCGGUCCUGCGGCAGUGCCCUCCCCCCCACCCGCCAUGCCGGGGCCCUCGAUGGGCGCUGCGCAGACUUCAGAUGAGGAAGAGACGGCGAGAGUGGGAGUGCCCUGGCCUCUUGCAGCAUCUCACCUUGGUGGAGGGAGGGGCUGGAGGCGGGAGGAGGACGCCGCUGCCCCCUGCCCGCCCGAGAAGACCGCUGGCGCCCCAGGCGCCCAUCUGCUUCCGUUUUACCUGUGACCCUUGUGAUUGCCACCGCCUCGCGGCCCGUGCUUGAGCUUCGUCCAGCCCCGUCAGCCCGGUGACUUCUCGGGGUGACUUGGCGGGGGCCUGUGGCCUGCGUGCUCCGCCCCUCUCCCCUCUCCCCUUCCCUCUUCUGGGCAGAGAGCUAGAACGCGAGAAGAGAGCGGGGAAGCGGGAGCCUGCGGCGGCCGAGGCAGCCCGAGCGGUGUUCGCGCAAGCGCCCGGACUCCGGCUCCCGGCAGCGGGGCGGCCCCCAGCCAGCCUGGCUUUGGCCCCUAGGUCGGGGGCGGGGCACACCACCAACUGCUGCAUUCGUUGUAUUUUUUUUUUUAAGUUGGAAUUGAUGCAGUUAACAUUUGUAUUGUAAUUUUAGCCUUAGCGUGUGGGGUUUUGUCCCUUUUUUUGUUGUUAGUUGUGUACAGAAUGUGUAUCUUUCUUUUUUCUUAAACUUUUACUUUUUUCUCUUUGGCUAAGCCUUGGCAGGGAUCUUUCUGGAAGAAAAGCUGGGGGCGGCCAGGGCAGGAGAGGUGUGGACACUCCCCUGUAGGCGUGACCGCCGUGUGGCCUGAUAUUCUCUUGCUGGCCCCUGCCAUAUGCCCCUUUGCCUGUCCCCAGGCCUCUGAGACAGAAGCUCACCCCCCACGGGUGUUUGUUCUACACUUGUAGGACUGACCUUGACUGGAGGAGGAGCAGAUCCUGGCUUCCCUCUGCUGCUCUCUGCCCCAGGCCCCCAGGCCCCCAGGCCCCCUCUUUGGCAUAACUGGCUUGGACUGGCUACCCCCUCAGCCACCUCUCCCUGCGGCAGGCGUCUCCACGAGAAGCGGUGUCCAAAGCAGUGCGGUAGGCAGAUGGAGGGCAGCUCGGUCUCCGAGGCAGCCUGGGUGGGGAGGGGUGCUGCAUCACCUGGGAGGGAGCCUGGGCGAGAGGCAGGCUGUCAGUACCAGCCACUGGCUCCACAAGCUUGCGGGGCCGUGGCUGUCCUCCUAGGGCCAGACCCACGCAGCUCGGGGCUCUGCCCGGUGCGGCUGGCAACCCGGCUUUCAGCCCCACACCUGGGCUUCGGGCGCUGAGCCAGGCCUACGAGCAGACUGCGUGUGCGAGUUGGGGCGAGCAGCCGGUCCCUUCGGACCUCCCCCCAUCUCCACCCUGGAGACGCGGUUGCAGCGAGGGGCCUGGCCUCCGCACACCCCUGCCGCUGGCUCGCACCUUCGGGGGCCUCUGGUUCGUUGUAUUAUAGUAGAUUUCGCUGUGGAAACUGUCACGUUUAGUCCGUCAUCUUGGAGCCCACUCGCCUGGUCCCGUCGUUCCCUCUGUCCCCUCUCUCUCGAGCGCCCUCUGAUCUCUCUCUUGUCUCUGAGAACAGUACACCCGUUCACCGAUUGUAGAGUAACCCCGUGAUUCAAUAGUACCAUAGUGCGAUGUCGUUUUGUGCUAUUUUGAACAAUUAAAAGACUUUUUGAAAUAA